GUUUAAAAAAUACACCCACCUCCCUCUUUCCCUUCAUCUUAAUUCGAUACUCACUUAACGCAGCUCACGCCUACCUUCCUUCUCCAUUUCAAAACGUCUCAAUCUUUUGAAUCGCCAGUUCAAUCUCCUUGUACUAAUCAACAAUAAAAACGACAACCCAUCUUCUUAUUUCUUCUCAUAUGUACGUAAAUUUAUAUGUACAUGUAGUAGGGAUUAACUAUAGAUAUGGGUAUGAUAAAAAUGUUGAACAGAUUGCAGAUCAUCCCAUGGUGUCUCCACCUGAUAGGAAGUCAGAACUCGUGCUUCCAACUUCCUGCUGCGCCACCGCCGGCGACAAUCAAGCUCAUAAAAUCCGACGGUAUGGUUAACAUCUACGACCGUCCGGUUUACGUCUCGGAGUUGAUGAUGGAGUUUCCAAAACACAUGGUGUGUCGGUCUGGUUCGUUUUACAUUGGUCAGAAAAUACCUGCGCUUUCUGAGCACGACCAGCUUCAAUUCGGCCAGAAAUAUUUUCUUCUCCCAACUCACUUGUUCCACUCAGUUUUGUCUUUCGUCACCAUAGCCUCCUUCACCCAAUCAAGAAACUCCUUGCUGAAGAAGACAGCUAGUUGCAGCAAGCCUUUUGAUAUUCAGAAGACUCCAUCUGGGUGUCUCAGAAUACGCGUCUCUGAUGACUUUAUAUGGCAACUCAUGCAACAAGGAAGAAUUACGCAGGAAGAUGAUGAGAUGGGUGGGUCGUCAAACGGCGUCGUCUGCACCACUGCUCAGUUGCAGAAGGAUUACAGUCAGCUUGUUGGGUCGCGACAAUGGAAGCCAAAGCUGGAGACGAUAAGGGAGAAAGGUGAGAAGAGAAAAAAACUGCCAGCUUUUCGAAUUAAGACGAAAAACAAACUCAGAUCCUCAUCAGAUAAUCAGAUCAACCGCCAUGGUUUCUGUAGCAAACCCAAGAUUAGGUUUAGAGCAAGAAAAUGAUACGACGUCGUAUAUAAACACAUAUGUACAAUGUGUUUUUUUUUUUUAAACCUUUUUCUUUUGUUUUUCAUUUCUAAUUUACUGGUUGCUUAAGCUGUGCUUUGUAAUAGAUAAAUUAAGUGGAAAUACAAUUUAAUGGAAUGGGAAUAGAUAUAACGGAUGAACCAAUCAACAAGUUAUUUAGUCGGUA